GAUAUAAAAAGAAUGGUAUGUUUUUUGAAUUAAAAAUCAUUAUUCAAAAUUUGAAAAUGUAUGCCCCUUCCAAAAAAGUACUCCGUGGUUCAUAUGAGUUAGUCACAAAUUUGAAAAUCCGAUACUUGUUUUGGACGGAAGGAAUGUCUUUUUUUUUUUUUUGUAAUAAUUAAAAAAAUCCCAUAUUUAAAUAUAAAUCCUCUUUCAAAAUGGGAAAGGAAACAGAUUAUUUCGGGGGGCAUGGAUGGGAAAAAAGGAUUAUUCAAAACGGUCUAUAAAUACAGGCAUAUAGGCCUCCGAUUAUACGACAUUUAUUUUCGCGCGAGCUCUUCGUAUCUUUUUCCAGAUAUUAAUUUCUUUCUUCUGCGAAGAAAAAUCGCUUCUGCCCUAAUUUUUCCUGAUGGUAAUCAUUGUGAUGAAUUGAUACCUUAUUAUUGAUCGAUUGUUUUUCGAAGAUUAGGGUAAAAACGGCGUGAGUUUUGAUUUGUGAUUUCUGUUUUCUUGCAGGCUUUUUUGGAUUUGCCGGGUGUCUUCAAUCACUUUCAGAGAAGUUUCGGAUUCCGCAAGUGUUGGUGCUGGCAGUGUUUAAGUUGCAAUGAGGGAGGAAGAUUCCAAGCCAAGGACGGAUGAUUCUAAACUGCACUCUUCCAGAAGGAGCCAUCAGAAAAGGGAAAGAGGAGAUGUGAAUCAAGACAAAGAGACGAAUGGGGAUAGAACCAAGGAGAUGGACAGAUAUAGAAAUAGGGACAGGGAUCACCACCAUUCCUCUGAUAAAAAGGAUCAAAAACACAGGGAGAGGAGUACUGAUGACGAAUAUGGAGACAGAGACAGGGAGAGGUACAGAGGUAGGCACAAAGAGAGUGAAAGGGGAAAGGAGAGGGAUUCAACUCGUGAUGGUUUGAGGUACAAGAUUAGAGAUAGGGAAGAAAGACAUGCUGAUAAAAGGAAAGAAGAAAAGGGGGGAGAGAGGGGGAAGCACAAGGAAAGACACAGGAAGCGUGGAAAAGAGAGGGUAAGGGAAGAGCAAGAAAGGGACUAUGACAGAGAGAGAAGGGAGAGGAGGAAAAAAGAGAGGGGGAUAGUUUGGGUGAGAGAGAAGAGCCGAACUGGUUAUACAGAUCAGAGUGGUGAUGACAGUGAUGUCAAGGACAGGGACAGAAAGAGGCAGAGGAGAGAUGAGGUCCAUAAGGAUCUGGACUGUCAACAAACCAGCAAGUCCGCAGAGUAUAAUGAUAAUUCUGAAGAUAGUUGUCAGCAUAAACCAAGCAAUGAAGACUUUGUUGAUGAGAAAAAUGACAAUAAGGAAGAAGUUUCUGAAGAGCUCAGGAAACUAGAUGAGGAGGCGGAGAAGCGUCGUAGGAGAGUCCAGGAAUGGCAACAGCUAAAAAGGCAGAGGGAGGAGUCUGAGAGAGGAUCACUUGGAGUUGCAGCCAAUAAUGAACCACAAUCUGGUAAGACUUGGACCCUAGAAGGAGAAUCUGAUUCCGAAGAAGCCAAAUCUGACGGAAGAGAAAACACUGAUAUGGAUUUGGAUGAGGGCAUCAAGCCCAUAAAUAGCCAUAGGGAUGGGCAUUUGGCUGCUACUCUGCAGAAUGAGGUUGGUGGUGCCAUUGAUGAUGAAGAAGUAGAUCCAUUAGAUGCUUUCAUGAAUGCUAUGGUGGUGCCUGAAGUUGAGAGGCUUCAUGGUGAGCCUCCUUCGUUGGGUGAUGUUAAUAACGAUUUGGAUGCGGGAUAUAAAAGAAGAAAUGGCAAACAUCCAAAAAAGGGGGUUGAUAAUUCCAUGGGUCGAAUCUUUUCUUGGGAAGACAGUGAUUCAGACUAUGAGAAUUAUGAGGACAAAGAUAAUCAUCUUGAGGAUGAAAAUGAUAAUGAUUUUUUGAAUAGGGUAAAGGAAAUAAAGGCUAAGAAAUUACCCGUCGUUGACCAUUCUAAAAUGGAUUAUCCUCCAUUACGGAAGGAUUUUUAUAUUGAAGCGAAAGAAAUUUCAGCAAUGACCUAUGAGGAGGUAGCUGCUUACAGAAAACAGUUGGAGUUGAAAGUACAUGGGAAGGACGUGCUGAAACCAGUAAGAUCUUGGCUACAAGCUGGACUAUCAGCUAAUGUCUUGAAAACCAUUCGGAAGUUAAAUUGUGAGAAGCCCAUGCCUAUUCAGGCUCAGGCAUUGCCUGUUAUUAUGAGUGGCAGAGACUGCAUUGGUACAGCUAAGACAGGCUCUGGCAAAACUUUGGCAUUUGUCUUACCUAUGCUGAGGCACAUCAAGAACCAGUCGCCAUUGAUGCCCGGAGAUGGUCCAAUUGCCCUUAUAAUGGCACCAACAAGGGAGCUUGUCCAACAAAUUCACAGUGAUGUCAAGAAGUUUUCUAAAGUAUUGGGUCUUAGGUGUGUACCAGUUUAUGGAGGUGCCGGUGUUGCCCAACAGAUUGGGGAAUUGAAACGGGGCACGGAGAUUGUUGUUUGCACUCCAGGGAGGAUGAUUGACAUGCUUUGUACCAGUUCCGGGAAAAUUACGAAUCUGCGUAGGGUUACUUAUUUGGUUAUGGAUGAAGCUGACAGGAUGUUUGAUAUGGGCUUUGAGCCUCAAAUAGCAGAGAUAGUUCAAAAUACACGACCAGACCGUCAAACUGUGCUCUUUUCUGCAACCUUUCCUCGUCAGGUUGAAAUACUGGCUCGAAAAGUAUUGAACAAACCUGUAGAAAUCCAGGUAGGGGGGAGGAGUGUUGUUAACAAAGAUAUAGAGCAAUUGGUUGAAGUGAGGCCUGAGAGUGAUAGGUUCCUUCGACUCCUAGAACUUUUGGGUGAUUGGUGUGAGAAGGGAAAGAUUUUGAUAUUUGUCCAUUCGCAGGAGAAAUGUGAUACCUUAUUCAGGGACUUGGUCAAGCAUGGUCAUGCUUGCCUUUCUCUUCACGGGGCGAAGGAUCAAACUGAUCGUGAAUCAACCGUUGCAGAUUUCAAGAGUAACGUCUGUGACUUGUUGAUUGCGACAAGUGUUGCUGCUAGGGGUUUGGAUGUAAAAGAGUUAGAACUGGUGAUCAAUUAUGAUGUUCCAAACCAUUAUGAGGACUAUGUUCACCGUGUUGGUCGAACUGGGCGGGCUGGUCGAAAAGGUACUGCUAUUACUUUUAUAUCAGAGGAUGACUCUAGAUUUGCACCAGAUCUUGUGAAAGCAUUGGAGCUUUCUGGGCAAGUUGUACCUGAUGACCUGAAAGCUCUUGCUGAUGGAUUUCUGGCCAAGGUGAAGCAAGGACUUGAAAAAGCCCAUGGAACUGGUUAUGGUGGCAGCGGUUAUAAAUUUGAUGAAGAGGAAGAUGAAGUGAGAAAAGCUGCUAAGAAAGCACAGGCGAAAGAGUACGGGUUUGAGGAAUGUAAAUCUGAUUCAGAUGAAGAGGAAGACCCCUCUCAACCUUUUCAGAACGAUGCUCUUCCUGUCAGACAAGAAAAUAAACAACCUGCUCCUGUUCCAAUUGAACCUAAUGGCAUAAACAAUCUAAAAAGGAUUAUUUUGGAGAAGUUACAUAAACUUCAAGGUGAACGUCCCCACACUGAAUUGGAGAUAAAUGAUUUUCCUCAAAAUGCUCGUUGGAAAGUGACACACAGGGAAACUCUGGAGCCUAUUGCUGAAUUUACCGGAGCUUCCAUUACAACCAGGGGGCAAUUUUUCCCGCCCGGCCAGAACCCUAGAGAAGGGGAGCGGAAGUUGUUUCUGUACAUUGAAGGACCUACUGAAGAAUCUGUGAAGAGCGCUAAAGCUGCACUGAAACAAGUGCUGGAGGAUGUUAGUAGCAGAGUAUCAGUGCACCAACCUGGUGCAAAAUCAGUCAUCCAAGGACGACAAGUACGAGGGUUUUUGAGUCUUAGCAAUUAGGUGAAAUUACUUUCUCACUCUUGCUUGGUAAAUUUCCAGGGAACAGUGUGAUUUGGAUUUGUGUUUUCCCCCCUCCAAGAGCUUUCUGGAUAUUACUAAAUGCACUCUUUUUUUUUUUUUUUUUUUUCAAUGAAAUCAUCUUUUUAAGUCAA